AUGCCUUCUGACAGCUCCAUUCAACAGUCUCUCAUUGAUACAAUUGAGCGAUCUUUCUACCGAAAGAUCCCAUUGAACUCCCAAGAGCCCGAGAGAGAAAAGACCGACCUCCACCCACCAGAGAAAGACUUAGGAAUUGAAACACACAUUUCAGAUCACUCAUAUCAACCGCAUCCCAUAACCCCGGGGAGACUGGAGAGUACAGACCAGGUCCCGCCACUCAUUCCUCGAGAACAGCAGCACCACCACCAUAAUCACCGCGAAAUGUUCGGCCACCCAAUCGGUGGGUUAACGUUUAUACUCCACUGGGGCUGCGCAGUCCUCACAGUGGCAGCUACAGUUCUGUUUGGAAUCUGGGCUCCCCUAAGCUACCAAGAGACAAAAGAGGCGAACAAAGGCAACGAUGAAAUGCAGCGUGCCCUAAUUCUCUCUGCAGAAUCGGCCAAUGAGAUAGCGACAAGCGCACUCCUUGCUGCAUCACGACAACUACAAUUUGCAACUGCGCAGGCCAGUGCCAUUAGUAAUUUGCAGGAGCAGUUGGCGGCCAUGGGACAGGUGGCGCUCUUACAAUUUUGUAAUGCGCAAACAAGAGGGGAUUUCGCGCCUUGCUCGUCCUUCAUUAACUCCGCCCAACUUACCAGUCUGGUUUCCCAGAUUGCCACGCCGAUUCCCACAAUUCCCUUACCAACUGCUUCUGCCGGUCCUACUAAUUCCUCUCCAGGCCCUGGCGAUAACGACAGCGGUUCACCGAGCGGGUCUGGGCUAUCUAUUGGCUCCAUUCUUGGGAUCGUUUUCGGAGGUACAGCUGCUCUAGGGAUCGUCACAGGCUACCUAGUCUGGCGGUACCAGCGGGGGAGAUUGUUGGAUUCUCGGCGGUAUCAAUGAAGGGUGGUGCGGAGAGGCCGGUCUUUGUCAGAGCAAUGUGAUUAUAUUGGUGAAUUGGACUGAUAUCCGUCAGCCAUAGCGAUACAACAUUGCAUACGCGGAAGCCAAUCGAACCUCUGUGUCAAUAGGGAAUCACUGAUCAG